GAAUUGUUACUCAGGGACACAGAAUUGUUACUGAGGGCCACAGAACCGUUACUUAGGGCCACAGAAUUGUUACUCAGGGACACAGAAUUGUUACUGAGGGCCACAGAAUUGUUACUUAGGGCCACAGAAUUGUUACUCAGGGACACAGAAUUGUUACUGAGGGCCACAGAAUUGUUACUUAGGGCCACAGAAAUUUUACUCAGGGACACAGAAUUGUUACUGAGGGCCACAGAAUUGUUACUGAGGGCCACAGAAUUGUUACAGGGACAGACACAGAAUUGUUACUCAGGGACACAGAAUUGUUACUGAGGGCCACAGAACCGUUACUUAGGGCCACACAAACAAUCGUUGAAUUAAAGAGUAUGUCAGACAACAUGCAGAGGAGUGGCAGAGGAGGCAAUGUUUUAGGAGCGAGCACCUCUGACGUGGCAGCAGAGGAAGGGGUCGGUCGGGCAGC